UAUCUUCUCCGCCAUUUGCCACCGUGCAGGGUUCUAGGAAACCACGCGUCCUCCUCAACCUGUCCAGUAAAACCAAAGUUCCGACCGCAUUACUAUCACCCCUUUCGGAUGUCCAGCCUCGCCUACGGUUCCUUCUGCGCCACCUGCUGCAAUCUAAUCCCGCCUGAAGCGGAACCGUUGGCCUGUUCCGCUUGCUCUAAACCGUGCUGCUGGAAGUGCGCCCGCGAGCCGGCGGAAUCGGUGUCGCUGUUUAACGCCCCGGCCGUCAUCUGCGUGGCCUGUGACGCCGCGAUGGAUCUUCGUGGAGGAGGGAAGAUGGUGCCGAAGCCACCGUUGGAGCAGGGAUUGCAACGCUGCCGGAUGCAUCCGGAGCGGUUCCUGAACCUGUUUUGCUUGACCUGCCAGGUGCAGAUCUGCUGCGACUGUUUCGUCGUGCAGCAGGACCACAAGCGGCACACGAUUGACUCGAUCGAGGAGGUUUACCGACAGAAGCUGCUGGAGACGGUGGAAAAGUUCCGGGAGAUUCCGAAGCGGCUGAAGCUUGUGGACUGGGAGGCAGUCCGGCAGGUCGAGGAAAAUUUGAAGAUUAUUCAGGAGAUGGAGACGCGGAUUUUGGGUGACAUUCGGCAGCUGUUUCAGCAGCGGACGGCGAUCAUGCUGAACAAGACGGCCGAAAAGAAGGCGGUUCUGCAAAAGACGAAGGACUUUGUGGAUCGGACGGAGAUGCAGCACCGGCAGACGCUGGAGAGCAUCCAGGGAUUGAACACUAACGACUUUCUGCGGCUGCAGGCCGCUUUGAACGCGCGGUGCGAAAGCAUCCUGAAGGAUGUUGGCCAGCUGCAGGUGGAACCGGUUCGUUGGGAUGACAUCGAUUGUGAUUUGCUGCCCAGUUGUAAACUGCAGCCGAUCUCGCUGAAUCUCCCGAACGGUGAUGCUGCCAAGGAAAAACACGUCCAAAUCCAGCUGAUUGACGAUUGUGGAAUAGUUUGGAACACGACCUUCUUCAUCGGCGGCCAAUCGUUGGCCCUGGAGAUGAAGCCGAACCGGCAGUUGGACGAGUUUCACUUCAAAGCCAUCGUAGAAAUGUCCCACUCGAGUCAGAUCAAGGUUUCCGGCAAGAGCUUCAGCUUCAAAGGUUUCCUCGCUAAAAACGAGCUAAUCUCGCUGCCCAAGCUGACCUCGGGUGGGUACCUGACCGACACCGGAGACCUGGUCAUGCGGCUCGGAAUUCGCCCGGAAAACAUCCUAGAGGAAUCGGACCUGCUGAAGGCACUGCUUGUGCAGCAGCGGAAGCUAAACAGCCAGCUCAAAGUGGAAAACGCCACCCUAAAAGAUCAGAACUUUGUCCUCCGCGGAGACAUGCUUCGUGUGAGCAGUGAGUCCCAGCAGAACAAAGAAACGCUCGAAACACAAGUGGUCGCCCUCACCCGGCGGCUCAAAAUGUUCCAGCACAACUCGUACGUCCACCACCAGACGCUGCAGGUGCGUCCCCAAACGCCCAUCAGUCCGGUGAGCCAACCGGAAGACGACAAGGAAAAACUCAGCUCGGACAUGCAAAUGUUGCGCACGAAGCUGGACGAGAUGAAAACUUCCAUGAAGGCCAUGAACCCCUUCGCGAUCGGCAGCUUCGAGAUCUACCGCUGGUCGAAGGACUCCAAGUUCUACUCGCCGCAGGUCGCAUCCCACGUCGGCGUCACGAUCUACAUCAUCGUGCAGCCCAACUUUGCCUGCGAAAAGUCCUCGGACGUGAACGCGUACGUGUGCUGGGCCAAGGGACCAAAGUUGCGGUGCCAGAUCUUCAUCGAGGUGGUGAACGAGUUCGAGGACGAGUGCGUGCGCGAAGAUCGCGUGUUUGACUUCUCCAAGGGGACUAGCUUCACCUGGAAGAGCGUCAUCUCGCACUACAAUCUGUUCCGCAGCGACGGAUUUCUCAGUGACGAUCACCUGAAGAUCAAGUUCGGCGUUCGACCCGCCGUUGAAUAGUUGUUUUCUUUUUUUUUUGUAUUUUGUUGACCAGCAGUGGCAAUUGAGGAAAUUGCAAUCGAACUGCGAGUCUUUUUUUUUGUUAAUUAUUUUCUUUGACUUGAUUUAUUCACGUUCGAGACUGUGAAUUGUUCUUGUGAAUUGAUAAUACUGGAAAUAGUCGAUAUUUCCUUUCGUGAAGAUGUUUUAUGUUCCCUUGACGAAAUAACAAAAUAAAACCGUAAUCUGUACAUUGAUCGGACGAGAAGAAA